GUUUACUUUACUACCGUCGUCGGACAGUGACUCUGUGAGAGAUCGGGAGAGAACCCUUGGUUUUCUCUCGAAUUCAGGAUUUCCGCUUUCUCUUGUUUCACCACUCGAAGCUUCAGAUCCCACUUCGCUUAUAGAGAGUCCUGCUGUAGUGUUUUUUUCUUUCUCUUCGAGUCUCCAGAGAGUAAAUCAGAAGCCCUAAUCCUCAUGGCUCUAUCAGAAAACGCUCGCCAGUCUCUUGCACCAAACUUUCUCUACUCUACGUCUUCGUCGAAGAAGACCCUAGAUUUAGAGAAGUUUCUCAACCUGAACAAGAGCUCGACAUUGCCAUCCACAAACGGAAUUUCGAAAAAUUUCGUCAUUCCUGCUCCGAGCGAGCGCGGGAAGAUCGAGAUGUAUUCCCCGGCUUUCUACGCUGCUUGUACCGCCGGUGGAAUCUUGAGCUGUGGUCUCACUCAUAUGGCUGUUACUCCUUUGGAUCUGGUGAAGUGUAAUAUGCAGAUUGACCCCUCAAAGUACAAGAGCAUCAGUUCCGGUUUUGGAGUUUUGCUUAGAGAACAGGGAGUUAAAGGUUUCUUCAGGGGUUGGACUCCAACCCUGAUUGGAUAUAGUAUGCAAGGUGCCUGCAAGUUUGGAUUCUAUGAAUUCUUUAAGAAAUACUACUCAGACCUUGCUGGGCCCGAGAAUGCAGCCAAGUACAAGACCUUGAUCUACCUUGCUGGUUCUGCAUCUGCUGAAGUGAUUGCCGAUGUUGCCUUGUGCCCUAUGGAGGCAGUGAAGGUCCGUGUCCAAACUCAGCCCGGGUUUGCUAGGGGGUUGUCUGAUGGGCUCCCCAAGUUUGUUAGAUCCGAAGGAUAUCUUGGGUUGUACAAGGGGCUUGUUCCACUCUGGGGACGUCAGAUUCCAUACACCAUGAUGAAGUUUGCAUCUUUUGAGACCAUUGUAGAGAUGAUUUACAAGCAUGCCAUCCCCACUCCUAAGGAGCAGUGCAGCAAAAAUCUACAGCUGGGUAUUAGCUUUGCUGGUGGAUAUAUUGCUGGUGUUUUUUGUGCUGUUGUCUCUCAUCCGGCUGACAAUCUUGUCUCCUUCCUCAACAACGCCAAGGGGGCCACUGUGGGUGAUGCUGUGAAGAAGCUAGGGCUGUGGGGUCUCUUUACUCGUGGCCUUCCUCUUCGUAUUGUGAUGAUUGGAACCCUUACUGGAGCUCAAUGGGGCAUCUACGAUGCUUUCAAAGUGUUUGUUGGGCUGCCAACUACCGGUGGUGUUACUCCAGCUCCUGCCCCCACUGCAUCUGAGCCUGCAAAGAUUUAAUUGCGAACAUUCAAAAUGCUUACCUUCUUCCCAAAUUGCAUAUUGAAGAGGUUUCUAUACGGAUCAAUAGCUGAAGGUUGUUGUUGCUGGAAAAAGUGAUCGAUAGGAUUAUGAGAACUUGAAGUGUAUUCUUUUUCCAGUCAGAAGAAUUUUUUUUUUUGGCUAUAUUUAUUUGUGAGGAUGGUUUUGAAUUCAUCCUCGAAAUCUUGAGGACAUUUAGGUAUAGUAGAUCUCAUACAGGUAGGUAACCCUUUCAAAGUAGGUAUUAUAAUAAUGGUUAGAAAGGUCUGUUCUUCAGAAACAGUUUUUAUGCUCGUCUUCUAAACUUUCCCCUAGCUUUUGGUGCU